CCCAACAAAAACAUAGUCAUCGUCAACAAAAAAAAACCAUGAUGGGAAACCUCAAGAGACCAUCAAAGAACGAUCAUGUUCUAUGCAAGAAACACCCAAAACACAAACAAUCUCCGGGCGUAUGCUCUCUUUGUCUGAAUGAAAAGCUUUCCCAAGUAUCUAAAACAAGGUUACGAGGUACGAGAACAGACUCUUCUUCUUCUUCUCCUUCUCCAUUAUCGUCUGAGUAUUCUUCUUCCUCGUGUUCUUCUUCAUAUCCGUCUCCAUUGCAUCAUCGCUAUCGUUUUAGUACAAGAGAAGGGAACAGCAAGGGUUCUCUAUCUUUCAUGUUUAGUGGGAAGAAGAACAACGUUAAUGGACUCACCAAGAGUAGAUCGCUGGCUUUUGUUCAAAGAAGGGGUGGCGGUGAUGAUGGUUAUAGUGAUUAUAAGAAGAAAACAACAAGAGGAGGUGGGUUUUGGUCCAAGUUGUUGCAUCCAAGAAGGAAGAAGACUGAGACUGGUUUGGUGCAUUCAAGCACCAUGAGAGAGAGAACAAUUGUGGUUUCUUGAACUCUCUUUUUGUUUCUUCCAUUCUUUAUUCUUUUUAUCAAAACGUAGAACUUUUAUGUAAUUUUUGUGUACAAUUGAUCUACUGGGAUGCAAAGUAAUGAAAAACCAUCCAAAAUUCUUGUUCUUGUUCUGUAUU